UUAAAGGCGGUGUGUUGUGCUUCCGGGGGUUCUGUACUGAGUUGCUCCAAGCAGAGCAUUUGUUCUCGAAAUGUCAACGGUCAAGGAGCAGCUUAUUGAAAAUCUAACCGAGGAAGAUAAAACCUCCCAGCAGAAGAUCACCAUUGUUGGGGUUGGUGCUGUAGGCAUGGCUUGUGCAAUUUGUAUCUUAAUGAAGGAUUUGGCUGAUGAACUUGCCCUUGUUGAUGUCGCAGAGGACAAAUUGAAGGGAGAAAUGAUGGAUCUUCAGCAUGGCAGUCUUUUCUUUAGUACUUCAAAGAUUACCUCUGGAAAAGAUUGCCGUGUAUCUGCAAACUCCAAAUUAAUUAUUGUCACAGCAGGUGUACGGCAACAGGAAGGAGAAAGUCGUCUUUCCCUUGUUCAACGUAAUGUGAAUAUCAUGAAAACAGUCAUUCCUGUCCUAGUCCAUCAUAGUCCUGACUGUAAGAUACUUGUUGUCUCCAAUCCAGUGGAUAUUUUGACAUAUGUGGUCUGGAAGCUAAGUGGUUUACCUGCCACUCGUGUAAUUGGAAGUGGUUGUAAUCUAGACUCUGCCCGUUUCCGUUAUCUAAUUGGAGACAAGUUGGGUGUCCAUCCCACUAGUUGCCAUGGUUGGAUCAUUGGAGAACAUGGUGAUUCUAGUGUGCCCUUAUGGAGUGGGGUGAAUGUUGCUGGUGUUACUCUGCAGAGUCUAAACCCUAAAUUAGGAACUGAUUCAGACCAGGAGCAAUGGAAAAAUAUCCAUCGACAAGUUGUUGAGAGUGCCUAUCAAAUUAUCAAGCUGAAGGGGUACACCUCUUGGGCUAUUGGCCUAUCUGUGACAGAUCUGGUAGGAUCAAUUUUGAGAAAUCUUCGAAGAGUGCAUCCAGUUUCCACUAUGGUUAAGGGCUUAUAUGGAAUAAAAGAAGAAAUCUUUCUCAGUGUCCCGUGUGUCUUGGGGCAAAGUGGUAUCUCAGAUGUUGUGAAAGUUAACUUGAAUUCUAACGAGGAGGCCCUUUUUAAGAAGAGUGCAAGCACACUUUGGGAUGUCCAAAAAGACCUGGUAUUUUAAAGCCUUUUAAUGUUGCACUGUCAUAGAACAGAAGAUAACAAACUGUAUAUUUUACAUUUUGAAAGUAUUUUCAUCUGAUUUGAAAAAUACAAAAAAACAUUGGAGAUCU